AUGGCCGCGCCGGCGAACGACAGCGGCGGAGGCGGCGAGCGCAGCCGGGGCAGCAGCCCAGGAAGCCCGGCGAGAACCGGGGAGCGCGCGGACGCGGAAGCCCGAGGCGCGGCGACCGGGGUCCCCGGCCACCCGGCGCUGGAGGACUACGAGUGCAAAAUCUGCUACAACUACUUCGACGCAGACCGGCGCGCACCCAAGCUGCUGGCGUGCCUGCACACCUUCUGCCAGGAGUGCCUGAGCCAGCUGCAACUCCGCGCCGCUGCCGCUGCCGCCGCUGCAUCUGAGCGCCCCCAGCGCCCGCCGCCCUGGCAUGGCCCGCCGGGCACCAUCGCGUGCCCUGUGUGCCGCCACCGCACGCCGCUGCCCGAAAGCCGCGUGCACGGCCUGCCCAACAACACCAAGCUCGCCGAAGCCUUCCCGCUGGCUCUGCGCGUUGCGCACGACCCGCUGCCCCAAGACAGCCUCCCGCCGCUGGGCGCGCGCCGGACCGCGCCCGCCCCGGUCCAGCCGCCCACCCUGGCUCCGGCCCUGGCCCCGGUCGCGGCUCCGGUCCCGGUCCCGGCCCAGCAGCCGCCGCCCGCGGAGGAGGCGGCGAGCGCAGGCCUGCGCGCCCCGGGCGGCUAUGAGAGCUGCCAGAACUGCAAACGCGCCGCUCUCACUGCGGGCUGCGUGUGCGUCGUUUUCUCUUUCCUCUCCAUGGUGGUGCUCCUCUUCACCGGCCUCAUCUUCGUCAACCACUACGGCGGCGGCGGGGGACCCCCAGGCGGCGCGGCACCCCCCGGGGCGGCCCCUGCGGCCGGGUCCCCCACGCCCUCCCCGGUGGGGCCCAUCUGCCUCUCGGUGGCCAGCAUCCUGGCGCUCUUCUCAGUCGUCGUCACCUGGGUCAUCUGUUGGCUCAAGUACCGGCCAGAGGGUGCGGCCGGGGGUUCGGCAGGCGGCAGCGGUCAAAGAGCGAGGGCAACGGCGGGCGGUGCCCGGAGGAGCGACACGUAGCCGGGUUGCUCGCUGGGCCACCCGCCCCGGGCCCAGCACUUCCUGCCCCGCGUGGCCCCAGAGGAGAGGGCCUCUGGCUCAGUGCGCUCGAGCUUCUGCGCCCUCCCCCUGAGGCCCAUCACACCAGGCACGCCUCACCGCCAGGCCUCGGUUUCCCGCCCCGCCUGCUCUCUGCGCCCAGCCUCCUCCGCGCUGGACCAGUCUGAGACACCGAGGAGGUGGGGAUGCUACUGGGGAGUCCCGUCUCUCGGGUCUGGGCGAACUCAACCUCCGUCUCAUGCACCACCCUCAUCCUCGCCUGAGCGUGACGCCGUCCUUCCCCAGAGUCCGAGGAUUUGCAAAGAAAGGAGGAAAAAGGAGAGUGGGAUCCCCGCUGCCCCGCCUAAAGCUGGUUUUCUCGCAACGGUGACUUGAGAGUUCCUUUAGGGCUGCAGGUGCGCGCGCGUGCACGCACGGAUGCAGCGGCUGCAAAUGAACUAGAACAGUCCAGAGGAGAAAUGAGUGAGACGUAAACGUGAGACAAAUUCCUGCUUCCCCGCGAUCCUGGGAAAGGAGAGAGCCCGGGCGCAGAGAGUGCUGUACACGCCCGAGGCACGCAACACGGGCGUGUGUUUGGCGGCUGGAAGACCCCUCCGCCAGUCUCUGGGAGCUAGCCCGCGGGUGCGCAACGCGCGUGCGCGCUCGGGCCGCUGGCUGGCUUAGCGGAGGAGACGGGCGGCAGCGCGCACCCGCAGAGGCUUCUUCUCGGCUAAGGCGCGCAGGCGGCCGCCCAGCUGGGUGUCUUGACCAGAACCCGAAGAUCCCAUCUCCUGGAAGCUUGUGGUGGUUUUAUUCACGGUGUUACUGCCAGGAAGUGAUUUCCUCUUCUGUAACUGGACUCAAGAAGCUUAACGAGCCCGUUUUCACUUCUCUCAAAACUGACUGACUGUUGCCCCCACCUGGAAGAUACUGAAAACUUUUCACGCAGAAUAUAAGCUGUAGGCUUCCCCCCUUGCCCCGCCUUUUAUCUUCAUUUCACUUUUUAAAUAAUCUUCGCAAAUAUAAAUCUGGAAAUUUUGUGCUGUAAAAUUUCCAGAAAAAUGUGUUUGAUGACUAGUGAGAUUUUCCUCCACACCUCCAGCCCAGAUACAUUUAGAAAUUAGGAGCAGAAAAGAAAGGCGUGUUGGCAAUUGAUUCAAGAUUUUAUACUGUGAAACAACCAAUGACUUGCAGUAUCUGAUAAAGUAGAAUAUAGUGCCCAAAGAUGAAAUUAACUGGCAAAGACGGUAUUAACUGCCUUUGACUGCAAAGCUCUAGAUAUAUAUGGUAUACGUGUAUCAGAAAAUAUUUUGAAUUUAGUAGCUUGAAAUUGUUGGAAUCACUGAAAUGUUCACAUCUGGUCCCAUGCAAUGAAAAAGAAUACAGAUCUCUUUGAUUUCACAACUGAGAAGAUUAAAGACGAAUGUAUGUUGCAGGUGAGUUAGAUGCCUUUUUGUUUUCUAGGGAAAAAAACUGUUCCAAAUGUAUUUUAUAGGAAAACAUUCUUUAUUCCAUCUUUUGAAAUUUGGAAUAAGACAAAAUUUUCAUGCUUUAAAAUCACAGAAGCUACAAAGGGUGCACUAUUACUUCUUGUGUAUGCACUUCUGUCUGCAUGGUAUCGGAUACAUAUUCCAUUAAUGGAACUUAUUAACCGAACUUGAAUAGAGCACUUGUAUGUAUACUAUGAGUGAAGUAAUUUAUUUUUCAUCAAUAAGUGGUAUGGCUGCAAUUUAGGAACUACAAUAUGAUGUGUUUUGUGUCUGCAUUGUCUUAAUGAUAAAAACAAUAAGUAUUUACAGAAAAAUCAAUAUUCAUGAAAUUUAUUUCAUGGUGAAAUUGCUCCAAAUUAUUUGUGUGGCAGUUCUCUUCCUUCAGUACAUGUCCCCAUCCAAAUUCUAAUUUCACAUUCUGAAUGAUGCUGAGAGAGAAAUAAUUAACAUGCAGAAUGUACAUAGCUAGGAUAGUCAUUUCAUGAAAUUAUGUCUAGGGUUUAACAGGACUGCCUGAUGCCCCAGUGAGAUCCGUUGUAUUCUGAAGUGUGAAGCAGCUUACUCAACCACCAUUAUAACAUCCACUAAAACGAAACUCUGUUUUCAGACAUUGUUCUCGGUUUCUGCAAAAUGUUUUCAGGUUCCUAAUACUAAGAAUCAUGUUUCAGAAAUUGGUUUAAUUUGUUUGUACUCCAAACAUGUUGCAUUACUUCUAUAUUCAUUUUUAUCUUUUAUUCAUCCCUCAUUUCUCUCCAUGCAGAGAUUCUAUUUGCAUUCACAACUGUUUAGGUGCAUGAGUGCAUUUACACAUGUAUAUAUGUGUGUAUGUAUAUACACAUAUAUAUAAUGUUAGUAACAGAACUUGGCUUUGUGGAUGUAACCAUAUGUAUGUGUGUGCACACACAUGAGUUCCUGUUUUUACUCCCUUAAACUUACAACCCGGAAGUCUGUCUGUCUAAAGUUACUUGGGGAUCAACUUGCUGCUUAGUGAGCUUAUUUAUGUUCCACAGAAGAAGAUACACCAGUGGCAUAAAAUAGAUUAUGCUUCAUAAAUAUGAGCUCCAUAUUUGAAUUGUCUUGCCCAAAUGUAAGCCACAUUGCUUCUUUCAUAGACUGCACAUGCAAAUUUCUUCUAAUGAGAAAUUUGAGUUAGAGUAUUAUUAAAUCAUACAGAUCCAAUCAGUAGCUCAGUAUAUAAAUGUGGCGAAAUUUUUUUUUCUUGGCUGAUCUCGCUUUAUUGCUAAUUUCUAAUUUCGUAGCCAGGAAUUGAGUGGCAGCAUGGGAUGAUGGAAAACUGCUUGGUCUCCUGACACUCAGGUGUCCCUCCUAUCUGUUGAUUUGAUUUAUCUAUCACUAUACAGUGUGGGAAACAUAGAAGGUGUUUAGGCAGUAAUUGUUAAAAUCAUCAGGGAAUUGUCUGGAAGGCUCCUGGUGACUGUGGAGUGCUUUUCCCCUUUCCCUUGCCAAUUCUUAUCUUGGAAGAGUUUGGCUCAAUCCUGGACAUACCUGCAGCUUAUGAGUGAGAAGUACAAGUAAAGUUACGACAGAAAAAUACAACAACAACAAGAAACAGGUCUGUUCUGGCCUAAACACUUGCUCAGAAACUUCGGGUCUCGCGGCUCAGGCUCUUCCUAGAUUCUCAUCAUGCUUCCACUGAAUCUAGAUUUCAAUGAAAGAAACAUCACACAAGCAAUAGAUUACUCGACCUCUGAAUGCAAUGUGGUUUUGUGAGCAGUGUCCACAUCCAGAAAGAAUCUUAGGUUUAGGAUCUGAAGACCUGUAAGGACAUGCGGGAAAUAUGAUUCUGAAUACUGGCUCUCCCCUUACGUGGAAAGACAUUGGGAAGUGAUUUAAUCCCUUUGAACCUCAAACCCCUCAUAUAUAAAAUAGGGAUAAAAGUCUGCACACCACCUACCUCAUAGGGCUGGUGUGGAGAUUAGUACACACAGGAGAGUAGCUAUGUGAAAACACUUUGGAAGCUAAAGCUCUGUGUGGAUACAUGGCCUUGUUUUCAUUCAGGUCUCCUAGGCUUUCCUGUCACCUCCCCAGAGAAAUCUGUCCUGCCCACUCUUCCACCAAUGGGUAUCUAUCCUGGUUUUAUUUUCUUCCUAGCACUUAUCAUCACCUGCAGUGGUCUCAUUUAUUUAUUACAUGAUUUUGUCCAUCUCCUGCAAGCAGAAUGUAAAGACAAGGGCAUCAACCUGCUCGGUCUGGUCAUUCACUCUAUCCAUGAAACUUAAGACAGUUCUUGGAUAGUAUAUGGCCAAAAAAAAAAAAAAAAAAAAAAAAAAAA